AUGGAUAUUUUGAGGGCGGAAAUUGAGCGCAAACGAAAGCAAGUUGAAGAAAUUACGAUACCAAAUAAAAAGUAUUUGAAACGAAGCGAAUUGCUCCAGAAGGAAGAAGAGAAGAACAGAGAAAAUUAUCAAGCAAAAUACCGAAUAGCACCGACUUCUGCAACUGUUAUGAAAAAAGAAGGCUUAACGCGAAUUGAAAAUCAACCGAAGGAAAUGUACAUUGAAUCAGAAUUAGACUGUGAUGAUUUGCCACGAACAGACGUUAUCAGAAGAUUAAGGAGUCGGAGUCAACCGAUUACAUUGUUUGGUGAAACAGAACAAGAAUCUCGAUCUCGGCUUCGUAAGCUUGAAAUCGAACAACCUGAUAUGAAAGAAGGAUGGAAAAAUGAUUUCCAGUCGGCUAUGAAAGAGGUAGACCAUGAACUGAUAGAAGAAGUUAUUAAAGGAGAACAGUAUAAUUCUGGUAAACACGAUGUUGAUAUGCCAAACUCCACAGAUGAUACUAAUUGGGAAAGGAUAGAAGCUAAUGCUCAGUUACUGGGUGAAGGUGAUAAUCCGAAUAGAGACUGUGAUGUUAUUCGUGAAUUCUUCUCUUACAUAUUAACUCGGUGGGGUAAGGCACUGAAUGCGCGCGACGAAGUUGAAAAAAGAUCAGCAGAAGGUAAAUUAGCAGCAACGAUGCAUAAGCAAACAAUGGAACAUCUUCGUCCAUUGAUGAAAAAUUUGGAGAAGCACAAUGUAAAUGCUGACAUUCGUGAACAUCUGAUAAAAAUUUGUCGUCUCAUCAUAAUUGAUCGCGAUUAUAUCCGAGCAAAUAAUGCGUAUAUGGAAAUGGCAAUAGGUAAUGCUCCGUGGCCUGUGGGUGUAACAAGGUCUGGUCUGCAUCAACGACCUGGUUCGGCAAAAGCCUACGUUUCAAAUAUCGCCCAUGUACUUAAUGAUGAGACACAACGAAAAUACAUACAGGCCUUUAAAAGAAUAAUGACUCGAUGUCAAAAAUAUUUUCCAACAGACCCUAGCAAAUGUGUGGAAUAUGUUCGAGAAACAGGGACAGCAGUGCUAUGCUGA